GCAUUCACUUUUUUUUUCGCGCAACUCGAUCAGGUUGUACUCGACCUCCUUCUCGCCGUCAACCCCUUUUCAAUUUCUCGACAACCACCUCCCCACUCUCGUCCAAGUCAACAUGCAUCUCCAGGUGUACAUGGUGGACGGCAAGCGUGUCUACACGCUCAAGAAGGUCGACCCGGAGGGCAAGCCCACGUUGAGCGCCCACCCCGCUCGCUUCAGCCCGGACGACAAGUUUAGCCGCCACCGCGUUGUGAUCAAGCGCCGCUUCAAGGUGCUGCCGUCGGAGCGUCGCCUUCAGCCGCUGUAA